ACACCUACGGAUUGGUAGACAUUACUCGUUCUCGGCCCGUGGCAGAUACGUGCAGGGAAGGCUUUGCGCAGUCAGACAGUCAGUCAUUCGACUCACUCACACUCAGUUGUCAGUGUCGCGUCAGACGUGAAGAGGAGCAAGCUGUCUGUGAUAACUUAGACUUUUUUCUCAUUUGAGUCUUGCAAGAUAUCAAUCCUCUGCCGGUUUGAGUGACGGACGCACGCACGCACAAACAGCAAUGCAGACCAUGAAGAAUCUAGGUGCAAUAUUGGCGGUGUUGCUGGCUCUAGCACUCAGGCCAGCCAACCCAGCUAGUCUGUUCAGCGCCUUCGCCAGCAACUUGGGUCCUCAAGAAGAGAUACGCUACACCGUUGUACGUCAUGGAACAGGUUACGAGGAGCGACUCUAUCCCAGUAAAAAUUGGGUUUGCACGGAACAGAAGGGAGGCUACAGCAACGAAGAUCAAGUGCAGGUCUUCCUCAGGCUGUUCGGUUACCUCGGAGGGGAAAAUAGUCAAAACCGCCAUUUAAAAAUGGGCAUCCCAGCAUCUAUUGAGUACAAAAUCACGGCAGAAGGAAAAGCCUUCACAGCUUGUUUCUUCUUGGAAGAGAAGGACCAGUCAAACUACCCAACGCCUACCAAUGGAGAAGUCACCGUCAUUAGUAGACCUGCGAUGACAGUGUUUACAAGGAAGUUUGGUGGUUACGCUACAACUGAAACAACUUGGCUAGAGGAAGCAGAUUCACUUCGGGCCGUUUUGAAAGAAGCUGGGGAAGAAACGCGGUCUGACAUCAUGUACUGGAAUGCAUACAACUCUCCAGUUAAAUUCUGGAAUCGCAGAAAUGAAGUUUGGUUGCUGAAGGUUUGAACCUAGAUUUUAUUUAAAUUUCAUUUGAAUUUGUAUAUUUUGAGAUUUUUAAAUAAAUAUUAGUUGGUU